AUGUCCAGACUGGAAUCAUCUGAGAGUCUGAAGGUAUCAAUUCCUUCAUCUCAUUCUUUCAAAUCGAAGAAGAAAACCAGGACACCAGAGGAAGGCUCAAAGGCCAUCUAUUUGAAGGCUUUGACUGACGCCAUUGGCCAAAGAGAAGGGAAAAAAUCCCAGACCAAGAUCCCACGCACCUUUCCACCCAAAAAGCCCUCACCAGUGAUGACUAGGAUUCCUAGUUUAGGGCCAGAUGAUGGCAAGGUCCUGACCAUGGGCUGCUGCUCACCACAACCAGAGACUAAAUGUAUGGAUUCAGGUUCUAACCAUGAAAAGGAUCACCCAUUUCCAGAAACACCGCAUAACAAUUUACAUCUGAAAAUGGAUAAGAGGAUUGUAGUGAUGAAAGGAGAGGAUUCAUCUGAUGCUGAGGAUUCUGUUUUUGUGGAGUCACUCUCCCAAAACAAGUCCUCCUCUCCAGAGGAAGAACCAACUGCCACCUUGAGUUACUUAUCACUCCCUGCACUGGAAUAUGUGCCCAAUCCAAAGAUCCCCCGUGUAGACCAUAAUCUUUUCUCUACUCACUACCCCUGCCUGGACUUCACAACUCCCAGCAGAGACUCAGAUUCUGGCUGUACCGUUCCCUACCUCUCCACCACUGUCAGUCGCUCUCGCAGUCCUGCUAGACGGGUGUCCUUGGGGUCAGAGCCUACAUUGAUCAAUGACCAUUCCCUUGCAAAUCAGAUUGGCUUCAUUGACACGCACUGUCAUCUGGACAUGCUGUAUGCAAAGCUAAGAUACUGUGGGACCUUCAGCAACUUCCGAAAUAUAUACCGGAGCAGCUUUUCUGCAGAGUUUCACGGUUGCAUCGCAGACUUCUGCAAUCCACAGCUGAUGGUGAGAGACGCACUGUGGGAAGGUUUGCUGGCUGAAGACUUUGUGUGGGGGGCCUUUGGAUGCCACCCUCACUUCGCUAAAGAGUACUCGGAUGUCCAUGAACGCAGCAUUCUUAGAGCCAUGCAGCAUCCCAAAGCUGUGGCAUUCGGAGAGAUCGGCUUGGACUACUCCUACAAAAACUCCACCAACUCUUCUAAGCAGAAAAAGGUAUUUGAGCGUCAGCUGAAUCUGGCUAUGGCCAUGCAGAAACCACUUGUGAUCCACUGCAGGGAUGCAGAUGAUGACCUACUGGAGAUCAUGAAGAAGUGUGUUCCUCGAGACUAUAAAAUUCAUAGGCACUGUUUCACCAACAACUAUUCAGUGAUUGAGCCAUUCUUGAUGGAGUUUCCCAAUUUGUUUGUGGGCUUCACAGCCCUGAUCACGUACUAUAGAGCUAAAGAGGCCCGAGAUGCUGUCUGCAAGAUCCCUCUCAAUCGCAUCGUGUUGGAGACAGAUGCCCCAUAUUUUCUUCCAAGACAAGUUGGUAAACAUGUGUGUCCAUUUGCUCACCCUGGAAUGGGCAUCCACACCCUGAGGGAGAUUAGUCUGCUGAAAGGAGAGGACAUAGCCACCGUGUUGACCACCAUCCGAAGCAACACCACCCAGCUCUAUGGCUUGUGA